AUGUUGUCGAGUCUCGGAAACCCACGCCAGGCGGCGUCGCAGCUGCUCAACUUUGCGCUCAUCCUUUCCACCGCUUUCAUGAUGUGGAAGGGUCUCUCCGUCGUUAGCGAUUCGCCGUCUCCCAUCGUCGUUGUUCUUUCCGGUAGUAUGGAGCCGGCCUUCCAAAGAGGAGACUUGCUCUUCCUCUGGAACCGAAACUUCCUCCAAGAAACGGAUGUCGGCGAGAUUGUUGUAUAUGAGGUGAAGGGAAAGAACAUUCCGAUUGUCCACCGUGUCAUCCAAAAGUUCGGCUCUGGGAAAUCAGGAGCCGAUCAAGAACUGUAUGCCAAGGGCCAGGACUUCCUCGUACGAAGCGACAUUAUCGGUUCAGUCGUCGCAUACAUUCCCUUCGUCGGAUACGUCACCAUCCUCCUCUCUGAGCACCCGUGGCUCAAGACGGUGAUGCUGGGAAUCAUGGGUUUGGUCGUAGUACUGCAGCGGGAGUAA